AAGCAGGUAGAGAGACACUGAGCAAGACAGAGAGAGAUGUGAGUGGAUGAGCUCGUGUCAGUUCGCAGUCACACCUGGGAUUUGUGAAGCUGGGCUCGUCUGGUUUCAGAGCUGGUGUUAGUGGAGAUAAAUCGAGGUAAAAGCGAGUGAGCGUCUUUUGUUAUUUUUCUUCAGAGAAAUCAACAGGGUGGGAGCUGCUGUCUCUCUGGCGGUGUUUUCUUUCUCCUCCAGCGGCGCUGAAGCAGCUGAGGAGAAAGAAACGGACUGACUUACUUCUCCUCUCCUUACCAAGGAUUUCAGAGGCCAAACUCUGAUAUGUGGGCCUACAGUGCUGACACCAGCGACAUGGAGUUGUGAAUAUACCGUGGUUCAGUGUGCUGUGUGCUCUCAGAAACCUCCAGAGGAAACAAGGCUUCUGCUAUUGAACCCGCUGAAACAUGAGGAAAACAAGCGUUUGGACCAAAAUGACAGUCAUGGCUUGUUUGUGUGGAGCUAAGUGUGGACACACUGUGGACACACUGUGACUGAGGUAACACGAGACACAGAGGGAAUACACAAACUACGUUUCACAGAGGAAUAACGGGCAUUUUAAGCAAAUGUAACAUGCCUCAAGAAAAUGUUCCCAUCCUACGACUCUGGCCAGAUUUUAUGGAAUGUAAACAAAUGACUUCCGAAAACCACAGAUGGAUGAUGAGUAACAGCUACGUUUGCAGCCAUGAAUCCAACAUGGACUGACUGUAAUCUGAAUGGAUGUGUAUGAGACAAGGGAUGACUUUUGUUGGGCUGUUUUCGUGCUCCUUCGAUGGAUUCGCCUGUUAGCACAGCCCUGCGGGGCAGCAGUGGUGGCAACUACACAGCUGACACCUCAGGUCCAAGCUUCACCAACCAGCUGGGAACCACCUCACCUGUAGUGCCAAGGGUUGUUUCCAUAGUGACCAGUCUAGUGACCGCCACCACAGAGGCCACAGUGGGAAACACAGGAAACCUAUCGACGUUCAGAGACCAAAGAGGGAGCGAGCUCAGUCAGAUCCAUCAGGCUUCAACCCCAUCGGUGCUGAGCGCCACUGAGAGUAAUUCUGUCCUGCAGGGCAUUACGGUGGCAACUCAGGCCCUGGUACUCCUUUCCAUCUUCCUCCUCUCCAGCCUUGGUAACUCGGCAGUUGUCAUCGUCAUCAUAAAACACAGACAGCUUCGAACGGUGACCAAUGCUUUCAUCAUGUCGCUGUCGUUGUCUGACUUCCUCACGGCUGUUCUAUGCCUGCCGUUCUCUUUCGUCAUGCUCUUCAGUAAGGACGGUAUCUGGAUGUUUGGGGAUCAUUUCUGUGUAGCCAAUGGCUUUUUCAACACCUGCUUUGGGAUCAUCUCCACCCUGACUAUGACCUUGAUCUCCUUUGACAGGUACUACGCCAUAGUCAGACAGCCACAGGCUAAAAUAGGACGCCAGAAGGCGACUCAGCUGUUGAUAGCCGUGUGGUUGACUGCAGUCAUUUUCUCUCUGCCUUGGUACCUGUUAGUUCGAACACCUACAGAAAUCCAUAAACAGGGUUUCUACCACUGCAUGUAUGUGUUCCAUUCCGGGACCUCACGCAUGGGGACUGCUUAUAGCAUCUGCCUUAUCGUUGUGUGCUAUUUACUGCCCUUCUCCCUCAUGUGUUUUUGUCAUUAUAACAUCUGUAAGACAGUUCGUCUCUCUGAAAUCCGAGUCAGGCCGGUGACAACGUACGCAUACUUACUGCGAUUUUACAGUGAAAUGCGAACAGCCACUACAGUUCUGAUUAUGAUUGUUUUCAUCAUUUUUUGUUGGGGGCCAUAUUGUUUAAUGGGGUUGGUUACAGCUUUGGGGGACUACACCUUCAACCCUGCAAUGGACACAGUGGCUAUCUGGCUAGCCUGGGCAAAUGGAGCCAUCAACCCUCUGAUCUAUGCCCUGAGAAAUCCCAAUAUAUCCAUGUUACUUGGGCGGAGCAGAGAGGAGGGCUAUCGGACCAGAAAUAUUGCCGCGUACCUCUCCAGCCAAACCCAGAACCGUGAGAUUCGGCUCAACCAAGCCGAAAGGAUAAGGGACCGCUACGUGAGUCGCGUAGGGGUGAAUAAUAACAGCCGACUGUCAAGUUCAAGUCCCGGAAAAGGAGGAGGGGGAGGAGAGGUGGCGAUGUGGGCUUGUAAAAACCCUGCUGUGUUCUUCUGCAGGGAUGCCCAGCCUGACACUGCAACACUAGCCAACUCUGUCAGUGCUCCGAAGAUGAAGACAGCUGACACUAGCCUGUGACAUUCUGAAGAAUGCUUAACAUCUAAUGAUUGUUUUCAUCUUACCUGUAUGUGUUGCUGUGGUUCUAGAGAAUUCUAUUACCAGUCUGUGACAUUUUUGGAAAUGGCUGAUAGUAUUUAUGUCUCUUUGGAUAAUACUUUGAAAAAUGUUUGAUUCAACCACCACUUGAUCAGAUUUUGUUCCAAGAAUCAAAAGGAUUAUUUAAGUUGUUCUUAUACCACUGUUACAUUACAGAACUGUUUAUACAAUGUCUGAAGACAGUGAAAACUCAGUGCAAUCAGCUGUUUUACAGUAGAUAGGAAAAUGAAAUUCCAUCCUGAUUUCAGAGGACACCAUUAAGUCCUCUCAAGAUCCAAGGGACCACCUGAAGGACCUCUGGAAUCCCUUGUGAUUAAACAUGAAAGGAAUGCAAAACAUUUCUGUAGAAAACCAUGACAGUUUUGUGCUUGUGUUACAAAGGUAUUCAUGUCAGCUAUAUCAUAUGUAAAUGCAGCAUGUGGAUGUGGACAACUGAUGAAGGAUCUCCCAUUUCCUAAAUCCGAAACCGUCCAUGCUUAAAACAUAUAUAUUUGUACUGUACUUGUCAUUUUCAGACUGUACUCUCAAGAAAAUGACACAAUCUGCCAUUUGUGUAAAUGCUUAAAAUGUCAGUUCCUAAUAAGCACCCUCUUGCUGUCAUGUGAAUAAUGACUAUGGGCUGCCCUUCUUCAGAACUGACGGCCUGGUCAACCAGGAAGUGGCACAGUGAACUCAUCCACAUAUCUUGGCAAAACUAGAAUGACUUUUGGUAGUAUGCCUCUGCAAACCAGCCAAGUUGCAGUUCCAGUUUACAUCCAUGUCUGUCCAGGCACAUACAUUAACAUGCAAAAGUUGUGGCAACCCUGGUCAAAAUGUCAUUUACUGUGAAUAGCUGAGCAAAUAAAAAAAUUGCCUGAUUUCCAAAAGGCA